AUGGAUGUGAUUUCUGCGCACUCCUGGAUUUGGUUGUAUGUUUUAGAUCAAUCUCCGUACAAGCCCAUCUCGAAUCAGCCGUUCAGCGAUCCUGCGAUCAUGUCUGCGCGAUUGGCCUCCCCGGCCAUGACGCAGGCAUUGCACGAGGGCGUGUACUCUAGCAUGUCGUCCAUAGAGGGCUUCUCGUCGCGGCAAGCGGGAUACGGACCCCCUCCUGGCAUUCCGUUCGCGGAUGGCGCUUUGUCCGGAAGCCCCAUGGCAAUGAAUCAUAAUGUAUAUGGGAUUGCCAACGGAACGCUGGGUAAUCUUGAUGUCGGCCAGCCCCAUGGAUCUGCGCAUGGCCUUGAUCCAUAUCCAUGCCUCAUGGCAACGGCCCGGUCCUCUCCUCCAUGA